AUGAACAAUACAAUAUUCCUCGCGCUAUGCGCGCUUGAUUUCUGCUUCUGGCCCCUUAUUGUAUUCUUCGCUCCUGACGCGCUUAGAGGAUGGGUCAUUCAUCUAGGCUCGGUAAGCAACAGCUUACGUGCAGGCCUGAUGAACGCCAUCGCUAACGCCCUGUUCCAAUUCCUCUUCCCCGCACCGUCUUCUGCGGCAUCUACCGCUGUCAAGUCCCCGAACGCGUUGUUACGCCACGUCUUCUUAUCUAUGCAUUCUGUAGUAUGGUUCCUUUCCAACGUGCUCCUGAACCCUAUAGCCACGUGGAACGCCUUCUUGUUCUACGUAUCGUUUGGUGCCUACGUGGCACCAAACACCGUAGUAACAACGGCGCCCACACCGGCUCAGUCUAGGGUUUACAGAGCACAGUUAGAAUUCUCGUUCUUUAUUUCCCUCUUCGUUAUAUCGUAUCUUGCUCUCCUUUCUGUAUCUUACCCUGUCGUUGCCUUCGUAAUAUCUUGCUUUGCCCUUAGCGCAAUGCAUGAUAUUACAGUCAACGCUGCGGUGGCUCUGAAUUUCCUCGGUCGGCUGGCAUCUCGCCUUG